AUAACAAUGGAGAAAUAAAUCAAUAAUUUUGGUUAAUCACUCGAUCUUACACACUGUUGUGUUACAUUGCUUAUUUCAAAAUAUUUUGACAAUAUGAAACGUCGAGUUUUGUCUUAAACUGUGAAACGCUCGAGGAAACGAAGGACGUAAAAGAAUCGUGGUUGUUUAAAUAAAUUGAAAUGGGGACUCGACUGAUCCAUCGACGUUAUUAGAAGCCUCUUUAUUCGUUAUUUUUUGCAACGCCACUUGGAAACUGCGCCGUACCUUAAAGCUUUGGCAAAAGUUCCGAAGCAUGACUCGUGAUUAUUUUUGAAACUAAGACGCCGAGUUUUGUGAUCAAGAAACCAUCGAGCUACUUCUAAUUAAAAAUUUUCUAAGCAUUUAGUUUCCUUUGGCUUUGCAGAAAUUUUCUGUUUGACAGGAAUGAAUUCGUAGAGUAGAUUCAGGAGGCUCGAAAAAUCAAAGUGUAUGUCCGAUGCGUUCGAGAAAUGGAGCUCGAAGAGUAAAUAAGAUUGAAAAAAAAGAAUUCCGCACAAUACAACGAAAUUAGAAAAUCAAGUGAAAACGCGAUUCAAGGUCAAGCGUAUUUUAGAGCGUACGAGAGAGUAUUUCCGGGAUUGGGAUGCCGGCCGAGUGCAUCGCCAAUCCCUUGCAGCGAGAGCUAGCGGAUUCGAUAAUUCGAAUGCAGCCCCUGGACGAGAUACGAAUUCUGCUUGCCUGCGGGGCCAAACCGAACGACGCGGUGACACAGGGUCUAAGACCGCUCCAUUACGCCGUUUGGCAAAAGUAUACGGACGCAGCUCAACUCCUUCUCGUUCGUGGUGCAGACAUCGAUGCUACUGACGAGUGCGGCUAUUCCGCGUUACAUUUAGCCGCUGAACAUGGAUAUCUGGAACUGGUGAAGCUUCUCCUUAAAUAUGGCGCGAAGGUGGAUCAUCGUCAGGAUACGGAUGAAUUAUUCCCCAGAACGAUGUUGUGCGACGAACCCUUGAGACUGGCAUUACGGAAUCGGCACAUAGAAGUGGCAAAACUUCUACUGGAAGCUGGCGCGAACCCAAAUAAAAGAUAUUUCUUUGGAUCUGAGAUAAACUUGGUAUCACCGUUGGAUCUUGAAUGCAUGGAACUGCUAUUAACAUUCGGUGCCCAACCAAAUACGAGAGACCGAGCUGGCUUAACGCCUCUCAUGAAAGCAGCUCGUUUGCCACAAGGAAUAUCGUCGGUGCUUCUCCUAUUGAAUUACGGAGCUAACGUCAAUGCGAUGGCCGAUGCCAGACACGACUAUCGAACAGUACUUCAUUACGCGAUACUCGGCGGUGAUCCAACGGUCAUCAAUCUUUUGUUGAAGCAGGGAGCACGAUUGGACCUUGGCCCCGACUACCAAAAACCAACGGCAUUGGAUUUGGCUAUAUUGAAGGGUGACCUGUCGAUCAUUGAGAUGCUUUUGCAAUCAGGUGCUGAUGUGAAUGCUACAUCUCCAAUAAUCGGCUCUCCGUUACACGUUGCCUGCGCAGACAACAUUCCCAACAGAUUACAAAUUCUGUGUAUGUUAUUGGAGCGUGGAGCUGAUCCGAACCUGGUGAUUCGAAGUGACGAAGGUCCGGCCCUACGACCCGUGCUUGCCGAAUACGUCGCUUCCAAUGUGAAUCCAUCGGUCGAAAUAGUCGCUCUGCUGUUAAAAUACGGCGCGAGAGUCGUCAUAAAAACUCAAUUCAGAGACCCUCACGGUAUUUUAAAUUCUCUCCAAAAUACUGCAGGCAAACCAAUUUUAUUAAGGACUCUCCUCGAAGCCGCUGAAAGCUUUGAUCCUUGUAUGAUCAAAAGAUCCAGUAGCUUGACCGAUGCUCAAAGAGCUCUGGUCAUGGAAGCCGCCAGAACUCCAUUGCCUCUGACCCACCAGGCGAGACUCAGAGUCCGAAAAUUGUGUGGCACCAAAUUACCAAAUAUUGUGAAAAUCCUCCAGCUUCCACAGACGUUGCAUCGAUACCUUUUGUAUGAUUUGUAUUAAUUAAAAGCAGUUUUUAUACUCCUUCAAUAUUUGCCAAGUACUUAUCCGAUCAAAAUCGCGUCUUCAUUUGGCAAAAGCUUUAGAAGAUUACUUCUCUUCUUUUCGGAAAAGAAUGAUAAUCUGCUGAGUCAGACUUAUAAAUUUGUUGAAUUUUUUCGAUGAAAAUCAACGAGCUAUUUCGUGUUUGGUGAAUUAUUCCAAUAUCCAGAUUGAAGCAGCAGGCAGCUUGUGACGAUUUGCCCAAUUCAUCGAUAGUCUCACACUCUCGUCUUCUUGCGAACGGUUUGCUCCAAUAUACAUUGAUUUGAUAUUUUAAUCCUAACGAAAUAGGAAGACUGCUGGAAAAGAUGAAAAUUUUUGUUAGAUAAUUUCGAUGAUUAUGAACUAUUUCAAAAAUCUGAGCUCUCCAAGUUGGGAAAACAAUUACCUCGAGUCUCCGCAGACAAAACAUCUCGAAGGAAGUGAGCCUACGAAAUUUUCAAACACCCACGAUGCCAAGGUUCCAUGUUGAUAUUCUUUUUGCAAUGUCCCCAGUAAAAUGUGUUGAAUUGCAUGUCGCCACGGUGAAUUCAUACGAGGGGCAAUGUCUUCGUGCCAAAAAUCAUCGAAGGAUCAAGUUUAAAAAAUUCGCUGCGAUAUUAUAGUAUUAUAGGUUUGUCCUAACGUGUUAUCAAUCGAAUUGUGCGAUCUCAAGGAACAUCAUUAUACUCAACAUUUGCAGUGUGCGAUUCUAAGUAUUUUCUUUUUCUCAUGAGAGUAUAUAAUUUUGUAUCUUUAUAUACGAAUACAAUAAAUAUUGUAAAAUUGCGUGGAAAAUAAACGCGUUUACUGCACAUGAA